CAUUUUGGUGCCGGGGAGCGGCGGCGGCGGCGGCGGCGCUGGGGAAGGUGCUGGCACCAUGGAGUACGAGCGCAGGGGGGGCCGUGGGGACCGCACGGGGCGUUACGGGGGUGCCCCUCCCCCCUCCGAGGACGGCUCCCGCACCCAGCGCGAUCACGACUAUCGCGACAUGGACUACCGAGGCUACGGGGGACCCCCCGAGGGACCCCCCAAUGCCGGCACCCCCCCUCAGGGCUCCUACGAGAACACGGAGCCCCCUCGGAAGCGGGAGCCGCCCCGGGAGCCUCCCCGGGAGCCCCCGGCGCUGCCGUUCGGCGCUGACGGCGAUUACCGGGACCAGGAUUACCGGGAGGGCGCCGAGGAGGAGCCGCGGGCCAGCACCAUCGUCAUGCUGCGCAUGCUGCCCCAGGCGGCCACCGAGAACGACAUCCGGGCACAGCUGCAGGCGCAGGGGGUGCAGCCCCGUGAGGUGCGGCUGAUGCGCAACAAAUCCUCAGGUCAGAGCCGUGGAUUCGCCUUCGUGGAAUUCCAUCACGUGCAGGAGGCGGCCAGGUGGAUGGAGGCCAACCAGGCCGGGCUGACCCUGCUGGGGCACCGCGUGUCCCUGCACUACAGCGACCCCAAACCCAAAAUCAACGAGGACUGGCUCUGUGCCAAGUGCGGGGUGCAGAACUUCAAGCGCCGUGAGAAAUGUUUCAAGUGUGGCGUCCCCAAAGCUGAGGCCGAGCAGAGGGGUCCGGGGGGUCCCCGGCCAGAGCUGGUGCCGGGGGGGGGAGGGGGGCUCCUGCCCCUCCCCCAACCCUACGGCCCCACCCUCGGGGGUCCCCCCGGGGGGUCCCAGGGGGGCAACGAGCCCGGAGCUGACAACGCCAACGACACCAUCAUCCUGCGGAACCUGCACCCCCAGAGCAGCCUGGAGUCCAUCCUGGCCGCCCUCGCCCCCUUCGCGGCGCUCUCGGCCGCCAACGUGCGCGUGAUCAAAGAUCGGCAAACGCAGCUGAACCGCGGCUUCGCCUUCGUGCAGCUCAGCACCAUCGUGGAGGCUGCACAGCUGCUGCAGAUGCUGCAGGCCCUGCACCCUCCCUGCAUCGAUGGCAAGAGCAUCAACGUGGAGUUCGCCAAGGGCUCCAAGAGGUGGGACAAGGCAGGGGGCACACCUGGGCAGGCAGCCCCAGGUGGGGACACGCCCUGGGCAGGGGGGGAGGAGCCCAGUGCUGACUUCAGCAGCUUCUACCAAUCAGAGGAGCCCUUCCCUGGGCCUGGCCCCGCCCUCUACAGCCCCGCCUACCUGAAAGGAGCCUCGGCCCCGCCCUCCGGCCCCGCCCUGCCUGGCCCCGCCCCUGCCAAGGCCGACGGCCCCGCCCCCGGUGUCCCCAGGUCCGGAGGAGCCGCCCCAGGACCCCGCGGGGGGGGAGGGGCAGCAGGGGGGGGGCCCUUCCCCCCCCGCGCCCCCCCCGGCACCGCCCCCUACCCCUCCCCCACCGCCGAGACCCCCGCGGUGACACCCUCGGAACCCCCCGGCCAGACGUACUCGGGACCCCUCAAGGCCGAGACCCCAAAUUCGGCCCCCGCGGGGCCCCCCCCGGCCGCCCCCCCCAGCAGCGAGGGCUACGGGCAGUACCCCGUGCCUGACGUCUCCACGUACCAGUACGACGAGACCUCGGGCUACUACUACGACCCCCUCACGGGGCUCUACUACGACCCCCACUCCCAGUACUACUACGACGCGGGGGCGGGGCAGUACCUGUACUGGGACGGGGACAGACGCACCUACGUGGCCCCCCCAGCCGAGCCCCCCCCGGGACCCCCGGGCGCCCCUGGCACCCCAAAAGAGCCCAAGGACAAAAAGGAGAAACACAAAACCAAAACGGCCCAGCAGAUCGCCAAGGACAUGGAGCGCUGGGCGCGCAGCCUCAACAAGCAGCGAGAGCGCCGCAGCUCGGGGCCCCCCCCGGCCCCACGCGAGGACGAACGCAGGGAGGCGGCGGCGGCCGACGCUGGCUACGCCAUCCUGGAGAAAAAGGGCGCUUUGACCGAGCGGCAGCACCUCCCCCUGGAGCUGCCCCGGCUGGGGGGCGACGAGAGGCUGAGCCCCCCGCGGGGUUUGGUGGCCGCCUACAGCGGGGAGAGCGAGAGUGAGGAGGAGGGGGAGCGCGGGGGGGCGCCGGGGGUCCCCGAGGAGCCGCUGACCGACUGGGCCAAGCUGGCGUGCCUGCUGUGCCGGAGGCAGUUCCCCAGCAGGGAGGCGCUGCUGCGCCACCAGCAGCUCUCGGGGCUGCACAAGCAAAACCUGGAGCUGCAGCCCCGGAGCCACCUGGGCGCCCCUGAGGGAGCCGAGCGAGGGGACAGCGAGAUGAAGUACCGGGACAGCGCCGCCGAGCGCCGCGAAGAAGCAGGGCGGGGGCCCGACCCCCCCGAACCCAAACGGAGAAAAUUCGGGGGAACCCCCGGGGACACGGAGGGGCCGCCCCUGGGGUGCCGCAUGCUGCAGGCCAUGGGCUGGAAGGAGGGAGGCAGCGCGCUGGGCCGGAGGAGAGCUGAGGCCCCCGCCCGGCCCCGCCCCGGGGGGGUGACGCGGUUCAGCGAGGGACCUUGAGGCCACGCCCACUCCGAGGCCACGCCCACUCCGAGGCCACGCCCACCUCGCGCGGAGCCCCUCCCCCCCUCCUCCCCCGCUCGGUUUUGCCGUUGGAAUUUUCGUUUUUUUUAAUAAA